AUGAAAAACAGUAGUAAAUUAAGAAGGACAAGCAACAACAAAGACAAACAAAGAAGCAACUAAAAAAACAGAGAGGAUAAGCUCGUUCACUUAAAGGUAUCAUAAAUAAAAGAUAAUCGCUUAGGAUAUGCCAAACACUUUUAAGAGUUUUAAGAUGAAAUGAAUCAAUUGGGACUCUAAAUCAGAGAUGUGGAGGGAGAUGGAAAUUGUCUUUUUAGAUCGAUAGCAGACGUACUCCACGGAGAUGAAAAAUAUCACAAAUAAUUACGAAGAUUAGCAGUUUAAACAAUGCAAGAGAAUUAAGAAUUCUUUGGACUCUUCAUUGAGGAUGACAUGACCUUCGAUUAAUACUUGAAAGAGAUGUCAUCUGAUGGAGAAUGGGGAGGUAAUUUGGAAUUGCAAGCCUUGUCUUAAGCUUUGGAUGUGAAUUUUUUCAUUCAUAUGAAAGGAAGACCAUGCAUGAUUAUCAAGUCAAUGACUGAUGAAAGACCAUUGAAUGAGAAAGACGCUCUUCAUUUAGCAUAUCAUCUAAUAGAAAAUGUUGCUGAGCAUUACAGUUCUGUAAGAAUGUUAGGAGAUGACAGUAAUACAAGAGCAGAACCAAUCCCACUGGAUAUAUUUGAAGGAUUAUUGGAUACUUUUUAAUAAGCUCCUUUGGGAAAUGAGGAUAACUUUGAUUAAUUCGAUGAUUUAGAGUAAAUUGAGGAUCCUGAAGAAAGAGAAUAUUUGUAGACCCUAAGAGAAUAGGAAGAAGCUGAAAAGGCAGCAAAAGAGGCUAUGAAAUAAGCAGAGCUCCAAAAAUAUUAACUAAAGUAAAAAAAGAAUAAAAAAUGCAAUUGUGGCUCAAAUAAAACCUAUAAGGACUGUUGUAUGAAUGUCGAUAUUGAGAAGUAAAAAUGGCCAAAGCAGCAACAAUAAUAAUAAUAGCAAUAACAAUAACAAUAAUAAUCCUAGUCAGAUGCACCAAUGAAAAAAUAAGCUGUCUUUAUAUGA